AUGCUGGGCUGGUGUGAAGCGAUAGCCCGUAACCCUCACAGAAUCCCAAACAACACGCGAACACCUGAGAUCUCAGGGGAUUUGGCUGAUGCCUCACAAACCUCCACAUUGAAUGACAAAUCCCCAGGGCGAUCUGCAAGUCGAUCAAGUAAUAUUUCAAAAGCAAGCAGUCCAACGACAGGGACAGCUCCCAGGAGCCAGUCAAGGUUGUCUGUCUGUCCAUCCACUCAGGACAUCUGCAGGAUCUGUCACUGUGAGGGGGAUGAAGAGAGCCCCCUCAUCACACCCUGUCGUUGCACCGGCACCCUGCGCUUUGUCCACCAGUCCUGCCUCCACCAGUGGAUCAAGAGCUCAGACACGCGCUGCUGUGAGCUCUGCAAGUAUGAUUUCAUCAUGGAGACUAAGCUCAAACCCCUCCGGAAGUGGGAGAAACUACAGAUGACCACCAGCGAAAGGAGGAAAAUAUUCUGCUCUGUCACAUUCCACGUAAUCGCGAUCACCUGUGUGGUUUGGUCUUUGUAUGUAUUAAUAGAUCGGACAGCGGAAGAAAUCAAGCAAGGCAAUGAUAAUGGUGUUCUUGAAUGGCCAUUUUGGACAAAACUGGUUGUGGUGGCCAUUGGCUUCACGGGAGGUCUUGUCUUCAUGUACGUACAGUGUAAAGUCUACGUUCAGUUAUGGCGCAGGCUGAAGGCCUACAACCGUGUGAUCUUUGUGCAAAAUUGCCCAGACACUGCCAAAAAGCAGGAGAAGAAUUUCUCAUGUAACAUAAACACGGACAUCAAAGAUGCUGUGGUGGUGCCUGUAUCACAAACAGGUACAAAUUCACUGCCAUCUGCAGAGGGAGGCCCCCCUGAGGUCAUCCCGGUGUGACACAAACAGUUGGGAGUUUCUUCACUGAAGGGUAUCUUUCUAGCCCUUAGCCACUACAAAUGACAGAAGUGAUCCUGAAUUAUUCACUCCUUUAUCUUCUCCUUUCUCCUACUGACUCAUUCUUCCUUACUUUGCUCAAAAAAGGAAAGGACCAAAAGGCACCGAUGACCAGGAUCCCAUGAAGCAGUCCAAAGUGUGAUACAGAAAUGUGAAAAAUUUGCUAGAGGUGAUUUCUAAGACAAUUAAGAACCAAUGGAGCGAGGGAUGCUUUCAGGCAAUGACGAAAGACAACAUGGACACAUGCAUCUUCACGAUAGCAGGACAAAGUUUAAGAAUACAGACUUGAAUUGCAAUGUGUAUUUCUUCUAAGGCCUUGUAAUGUUAACUCUCUCGUCCAGAAAUAAGAAACAUACUUGGUUUUAAGCUUGAAAUUGUCUACAUUAUCCUUACAUCAUAUCAGAAGCAAACUUGGAGGAUGCAUAUUUUGAUAUUUAUACUUUGGACGGCUAACAGAUUUUUAUGGCUAUAGUGGAGUCCAGUUGUUUUAACAGAUGCAUGUUUUUAAAAUAGAUGCAAUACACAUUUGAAGAGAUCAAUACUUAGAAUUAUGUUUAAGUCAUGAGCAAAAGAUUUGCAGAGGUUUUUGGGUGUAAUUAGCACUGUUAAUACCUACAGAAGUUGAAGUCAACUAUCAGGCUCUAUAUUUUAUCUCGUCCCUCUUAAGACAGUGUUGUCCAACAGAUAUAUAACGUGAGCCACAAACGCAGGACAUGUCAUAUGCAUACAUUUUAAACUUUCUAGCAGCCCCAUUAGAAAAGUAAAACUAAAUGAAAUGUUUAUAUUUAACACUAUAUAUCAACAUGUCAUCAGUAUUAAAAUUGAGAUAUUUUACAUCUUUUUCUUACGAACCAAGUCUUCAAAAUCCAGUAUGUAUUUUGUCUUUACAACAUAUCUUCAUUUGAAUUAACUGUACUGGAUAGCAUAGCCCUAAAAUUAGAGGCAGGACCUCUGCUUCAUCGAACAGUUGAAUAUUUAAAAACAACAGCUCAAUUCAUUCUUUUAUUCAGAGUCUCUCAAAUAUUACAGUUUUGUUAAGCACUUACAUUCAUCAAAUUAAACAUCCUGAGUUAGGUGAA